UCAAACCUGUCAAUGGUGAUAUUUGCAGGCUGAAAGCCGUACGAAUAUGAUACUGAUUUUAUUCUUAGGGCAAACUGCUUUCAUGCUCUGCGGGUGAAUGAACUUCGUAAUAAUCACUAGAACACAGCAGUUCUUACGGCGAACCGUCGGUAGAAGGCGGACUUCGGGUAAGUCCAUAGGCAGAGACACGAUCCGUCCGCUUGUCAGGUGUACAGAGCGGCACUUCAUUAGUUCACUGCGGCAGAGGGUGGCACACCGGGCUUUGGUGGCAGAGCGCAGAUUUUUCUCGAUAAACAAACACCAGCAUGGAGAGUUGCAAUCUGUCGCUGCUCAUCAAGGUACUUGCGGUGAUAUCGAUCAGCCUGACGGCCGGACUGCUGCUGGAUGUCCGCGAUCCUUCGGACCUGCUCUUCAUGAGCGGGUAUCCUGAGCUGUGGAGGAAAACCGGGUUGGCUGGUGCCCCCGCCAGGGCCGCAGCCUGCAUCCUCGUCGGGGUGUCGCUUUUAGCGCUGGGCUGGCUGUAUCGGCUCCUCUUCGCUCCGCUGGAGCUGCUCCGCACGCCGGACGAGGUGGGCUACAUAAGUGAGGACGGGCGCUCCCGUGCUCAGGCUGCCAACGAGGUGCGCCGGAGACGCAAGACCGGGGAGCUGCCACCUAUCUACCCCAACGGAUGGUUUCGGGUGCUGGAUUCGCACAUGCUGGACAGGGGGGAAGUGAAGAGCGUUACUGUGCUGGGUGAGCAGGUGGCUGUGUUCCGGGGUCAGGACGGGAAGGCCCACGUCGUGGAUGCGUACUGCCCCCAUCUGGGCGCCAACCUGGCGGUGGGCGGACGUGUGGUUGGCGGAUGCAUCGAAUGCCCUUUCCAUGGCUGGCAGUUCCGCGGCGAAGAUGGGAAAUGUGUUCAUAUCCCCUAUGCGGAGAAAGUGCCGGAGUUUGCUAAGGUUCGAUGUUGGCCCAGCAAGGAGAUCAAUGGUCUGAUCCUGGUGUGGUUCCACUGCGAUGGUCUUGAGCCCAGCUGGACCAUUCCGGAGCAAGAGGAGAUCGCGCGUGGCCAGUGGGUGUACCGCGGCCGUACGGAACACUUCAUCAACGCCCACAUUGAGGAGAUCCCGGAGAAUGCAGCUGACAUCGCCCACCUGGCACAUCUGCACACGCCAGGCAUCGUCAGUGGUGUGGACCUCCGCUACACUAACAGCAAGACCUGGGAGUUCAUCCGCCAUGAUUGGAAGGUGGAAUGGGAACCUGAGGCAGAGCCCAACAAACACUGCUCGCAGAUGCUGGUGAAACACGCCCUGACCGUGUUCGGCCGCCACUGGCCGAUACUCGACGUGAACGUGGUGGCCAGACAGGUGGGCCCAGGGGUCGUGUUCCUGCUCUUCGACAGCAGCUUCCUGGGUCGCGGCGUCAUCAUGCACUCGGUGACCCCCGUGGAGCCCCUCCUGCAGUGCGUCUCUCACAGCAUCUUCUACCAGGGCAACAUCCCCCCCCUGGUGCCCAAGUUCAUCCUGCGGGCUGAGUGCAUCCAGUUCGAACGGGACGUGAUGAUCUGGAAUAACAAGAGGUACAGCUCCAAGCCCGUCCUGGUGAAGGAGGACUCAGCCAUCCAGAGACACCGGCGCUGGUACAGCCAGUUCUACACGGAGAACAGCCCCCGCCUCCGCUACCAGUACGACACGCUGGACUUCUGACCAGCUAUGCUGCCGCUUUGCACCUGCAUUUGAGUGUGAAAGAAUGACCGAGGGUGAUGCCUUUAAUGAGGAGAAGUGUGGGAUUGCUACACAGGCUGUGGGCUGGGAUGGAGGGAGCCACUAGGGGGCGCUGGACAAAGGGAGAUGCAGGAUGCAGGGAAGAGGACACUUAGAGAAGCUUGCAGAGCUCUUGUGCUCUGUUUGACGUCCUGCUUCCAUGCCUCUGUUGGAAAACAAUCAAAGCCAGCAAUCCUAUGCAUUUUUAAGCGAUCGUUAUGUCAAAGUAUAUUGUGUCCAUAAGAGUAUCAUUCAUAAAUGUUACUUGAAAAGGAGCGCGACUUUAGUCCUCCUCCCCUAAUGUAUUCCUAUUUUCCUCGGCCUCCUUUUUAUAAUCGAUUUUAAACUCAAAACAAGUCUGUUUAUUUUUCUUACACGACAAGCACGGCAUAUAGGAUAAUCCUGUCGUUAUUAAAAAUGCCUUUCUUGUUGUUAUUAUGGAGGAAUUAUUGAAUUCAAAGUGCACUAAGCAUCCGAAGAUGGAGGGAGCACAGAUUCCAAUUGUGAAAGAGAUGUGAGGAAUCCCAGCGUACCAACUGUGAACACAGUAUAAGGAGGUCAGCCAGAGUCCUGUUAUUUCCUUCCUUCCCCUUUAAGUGCCUCUGUGCUCUCUAUUCUGGCAGACUUAAAGGGAUGGGCUGGUUUUAGAGUGACAUUCUCUCUAUGCAGUAUUUUGAACCUACUUUACAUUUUUCUUAGCAAUUACAGCCACCCAGAAGGUGGGAGGGCAGCUUGAUUCUUCGUCUUUUUUUCUUGCUGUGUAAUUAAGACACCAGUCGUUGAUCACAGCAGCGCGUCCCGGUGCAGAAUGAUCCGUCUCCAGGUGGCUGAGCAGGUUCCGUUGUUCCUUUCUCUCGUUUCUAUUUCCGAUCCCUCAUGAUCUCCACGAUGCAGGAUUUAAAAAAAAAUAUAUACAUCUUAAAGGCUGUAUAUGUAUUUGAGAGGUUGGCCUUGCACUGAGCAUGGGGCUGCACUAUACACCAGCACUACUAAUUAAUAAUAGUAAUAAUAGUAAUAUCUGCAGUACAGGUCGAAAGAACUCUAUAUUCUCCAGCUAGGUAAUUGAGUAGGUGGGCUGACACUGGAACGGAAUACACACUAUUUAAUUAUUGUACUUGCUUAAAAUGGAACAGGGUACUCAUUGCUCAGCGGUACUUGUUUUUUAUUGGAACUAUUACUCUGGAAUCAAUACUAACAGCUUCCCCAAACAUGUGGUUUGGAUAUUUCCUCAAUUAUUCUUGAGUUAAUUUGACAUAAACGGCAAAUGGACUGUCAUUAAAGCACAUGUCCGCAGAUCUUAGAGGUCUCAUAUUUCGACACCUCUUACAGGUCAUCUAUUCUCAUCCAGCCUUGCAAGGCCCGUUUUAUACAGGCUGACUGAAAUGUAUAAAUAAAGACCAGGUUACAAAUGGCAAUAAAUGGUGGCUAAUGGUCUAAUUAACAUUCUGGUUGUGUGAAUAGUUUGCUGAAGAAGCACUGCAGCAAAUGUAGAUAGCUUUGCAGAAAUAGGUUAUAGCUGGAUUGCACGCUGAUGAAAUGGAUUUUCAUAGUAGUACAGUAGGGUUAUACAUGUAGCGAGAGUGUAGCUUCUCGCUCUAACAAUGAGGUCACAAUGAUAAUCGAGCACCAAUCAGAGCAGAGGCUGCGGAGGCCAUUUAUUUAACUGUACUGUCAAUUCAAUAUUGAUGCAGCACAGGUUUCCCAAACUGGAUAAUGGCCACAGACGGAUGCUGGAAAAUCAUCCAUUUUAUGAUCCAGGGACUCUUAAUACUGUGAUAAUUGCACUGUGAAUGGUACUCAAGCAGCCGACUAUGUAGCAAAGGGUUAAAGCGAAACCCUUAAAAUGAAACGCACUGGUUAUCAGCUAAUUAUCAGUAAUUCAAGGAACAACGUCGAGCUUAAUGCAAACCUUAAGACAGGCAAAGUAUGAACAGUUUGCUAGAAGAUAACUUGGCUUUCUUGGAACAUGGGAAGGUCUCAGUCUAUCACAUACCAUGUGACUGGACUGAUAGAGUCUUUAAAAAUGUGCAUUAAAACCUGCGGACUCCCAGAGGCCGUGGGAGACGUUGGGCGAGGAAGACAGACAACCCUGUCUGUGUGUGUAUAGAGAGAAUCGGAAACCAUACUUCAUGUACCAGUUGUGGAAAAACAAUAUCUGAGUCUUAUUUUCCCUUUUAUAAAACAGAUUUGAGAAUUAUUUUUGUAAUUGCAAUGCUUUAAAAAUGUUAUAUCAGCAUAUUGUUUUAUCUUUACUUGCUUUUUAUACCAGAUCUCUGCUCGCUUAACACAGUAUAUCAGAUAAGGGAGUUAAUGCUUUUAUUCUUGUUGUUGCUGCAAAAAUAAAACAAAACAACAGUGA